AUGAAACUACUUGUUAAAUUCACAGAAGACGCACAAAAUCACGACAAAUCAUGGUUUCAAGCCAUCGAAUUUUACCUCACCAACAACGAUCAAGACCAAUGUGCAUUCCUUCGGAGAGCGCUCCUCAGAGCUAUUGAUGAUGCGGUGGUGAGCGAACAUUUUUCUAUGAUUAAUAUUCAUGUUUUGUGGGAUAUUGGUGAGGAUCAGCCAGCCACGCAAGAUCUUCGGUGCUCUUCGCUUUUUGCAAUUCCAAGACUACUGAGCCAUGAUCAGAUGUAUCGGAAUUUGGCGAUAGCUUUGAGGUUUAUAAGAGAGAGGUGUUGCUCGGAUUAUUUGCGAGUUGAAUACAGCCGUGUUGAAGAGGGUGCUGGUGCUAGUGGAUAA